UUACAAAUAAUAAAAUACACACAGCAAUAAGGUUUUCACGACGCACUGAAAGCGUAGUACGUGACAAUGUCUUCAUUUGGAAAAGAUAUUCGUCAGAAAGAAUUCACCUUUGAAGAAGAUGUUUGUUUUAUAAAUCACGGAGCCCAUGGAGCUGUACCCAAAAGGGUACAAGAAGCUAGAAAAAUAAUCUUAGAUGAAAUAGACAGCCACCCAGAGAAAUGGUACCGUCAUACAAGAAAAAAGAAGUGGAUUGCAGCCAGAAAUGCCAUAGCUAAUUUCGUUAAUGCUAAUCCAGAAGAUCUUGUAUUUAUUGAAAAUGUAACAACAGGUGUCAAUACCAUAUUACGAUCAAUAAGAUUCCGACCCGAUGAUAUCAUACUAUACACAAACCAGUCAUACCCUGGUGUCCAAAGGGCAUGUCAGGCUACCGCUCGUUUUUCUGACAUACGAUCAGAAUGUCUGCAUUUAGAGUAUCCGGUUCAAACAGACGAAGACAUAGUGAAACAAUACGCAGAAUAUUUUGUAAAAAAUCCAAACGUACGCCUUGUAAUUAUUGACCACAUAAUCUGCUUUUCUGGGCUUAAAAUGCCCGUUGAAAAAUUAGUGAUGCUGUGCAACGAACAUGGGAUACUGUGUAUGAUAGAUGGUGCGCAUGCUCCUGGGCAAGUUCAUUUGGAUAUAGAAUCGCUCAAUGCUGAUUUCUACACUGGAAAUCUCUAUAAAUGGUUAUAUACACCACGUGGGUGUGCUAUUUUGCAUGUAAAACGUAUACACCAUGACCUUAUUUUUCCUGUUGUGACGUCACUAGGAUAUCAAACGAGUCUUACAGAUUCAUUUAUUAACCAAGGUACUCGAGAUGACAGUGCUUACAGUGUAAUUCCUGAAGCAAUUCACUUUCAUCGCAAAAUUGGUGGUUUUGAUAAGCUUCAUGAAUAUGCAGAAAGUAUUUUGAGUAAAGUAGUUUCAAUGUUGACAUCAUCUUGGAAGACGGAUGUGUUAGCCAUGCCAGAAGACAUGAAAGCACCCUGUAUCUCUGUUGUAAGACUACCAGAAUUACCAGGUUACACAUUACCACAGGAUGAACAUUUCCUGAGAAGACUGUUUCACCAAAGAUGUAAAGAAUACAAAGUAGUUUCAUCAUUUGUUAUCAUUAAUUCUGUGUUUUACUGUAGACUGUGUGUAAAUGUGUACAAUACAUUGGAGGAUUACUGUCGUCUGGACAAAGCAAUUUUAGAUUUAGUCAACACAAGAUCAAAAAACAUCAAAAGUCAACUAUGAAAUAUAUACCAAUAUACAUUUCGUAAAUCCAACAAAACCCAACAACUAAAGUUAUACUUUUGGGGUCCAAACUACACAAUUGUUGACUCCAUUGAUAACAAACUGUUUUUUGAGAAAACUCACUUGACCCUUAAGUCAGGUUACCUCAAUUCAAUCUUUUGAUAAAUAGAUAUAACUACUUAAACCCAAAAGUCUAUCUGACAGACACAUUAAUGAUGAACUAGGUCUUACUUUAUCCUCCAAACACCAAACAUUUAGAAGAAACUUUAUAAUUACAAUGAAUCAAAAUUAAUGAGCCAUAGCAAAGUUGGGCAACUAAUGACUGGAUGUUGGUGCUUUAACCUUUAUUUGUUUCAAACUGUCUUUGAUGUACUGUUGAGAAUUGACUGAAUGAAAAAUGUGAUGGUUAUGGUAAUAAACAUAUUGCCAAAAUGAA